UUCCCCAACUACACCUCACCUUACCUUACCUUCUCUUUUCUUAACUUCAAAUACAUCUUCCCCAUUUCCCUCUUAAUUAAAACUCUCUCAUGCUACAUCGUUGACUUUCCAAUUCUAUGCAAUAUAUGCAGUAUGUAUGUGUGUGUACCCCCCCAAAUCACCACUAGCUAGCAGAGCAUUGCCAUAGCCAUGGCUGACCAAACCACCACCACCACCUUAAUCAGAAGAUCUUCCCAUUAUUACUCCUUCAGGAGAUCAUGAAUAACACAGCAGCAACAGGCUCCACCGGGUUUCUGGGCUCCCAAAACAUCGGGGGAUUCGGCUAUGGCAUCGGGGUUUCUGUUGGGAUUCUGUUGCUCAUCACAACCAUAACCCUGACUUCAUAUUUCUGCACCAGGGUUCACCCGCCACAGGCCCCCGUGUCAGCUCGGAGGAGGAGGAGGAGGAAUACUAGUAAUAAUAAUACCCAGGAGGAGCCACCUGAACAGCAGCAACUGGGGCAGAACCAUAGUAGUUGCGUAGUGGAAGUUGGGGGUCUUGAUGAGGCGACCCUGUUGAGCUAUCCAAAGCUGCUUUAUUCGCAGGCAAAGCUCCACAAGAAGGACUACUCCUCCUCAUGUUCUUCCACAGCGUCGUGCUGCUCCAUCUGCUUGGCGGAUUACAAGGGCAGUGACACCCUCCGAUUGCUCCCUGAUUGCGGCCACCUCUUCCACCUGAGGUGUGUUGACCCAUGGUUGCGCUUGCACCCCACCUGCCCCGUCUGUAGGACAUCUCCAGUCCCCACACCCCUCUCCACCCCUCUCGCCGAGGUGGUUCCCCUAGCAGCGGCGGCAGCAACAACCAGGCACCACCACCAGCCUUCUUAAUUUAAUUACCUAUCAUUACAUUUACAAAUUACAAUAGCUGCCUAUUGCAUCGCAUACCAUUCGGGAUUGUUUUUUUUUUUUUUUAAAUAUAUUUUCUUCUUCUUCUUCUUCUUCUUCUUCUUCUUCUUGUGUACACUAAAAUUUUCAUAGUUAUUAGAACUCCCUCUCAGAUCUUUUCUAUAAUGAAAUCUCUUGAAUUCUUCGCACCUUAAUUGUGUAGUUCUUCUCUUCUCAAUGUCGUUUUGUAUUGCGUCAUCGUGAUCGGAAUAUGCAGAUCUCAAUUUUUGAAGAAAAUUUUCGUGUAAUAUAUAUUAUUAUUGUCUAUCUCAUCAUCAGCCAAGCCAAGAUAUGAUUAUGAGUUCAACUUUGCAUGAAAAAUUUGUGCCUUUUUUUUAAAAAAGUUUUAGUAUUAGCUUCUCUCCAUGUGGAGAUGUGAUGGUGAGGUGGGUGUGGGGCUUUUGUUUGGUUUCCUAGUGAUUUUCUUCAUGUGGGCAGGCAGAGGAAUGCUGAGGUAGUUUGCCCUGGUUUGUACGCUUCGAUUGGCAUGAAACAUAUCAAUUGAAUUUCGUAAUGGAGAAGUGAAUUCUUUUUCCAACAAUUGUUAGAGAUCCUAAAUACUUCUACAUGUAGAUGAGACAAUUGUUCUUAUAACAGGUUAAUCUCGAAAA